UUGCACCUAUUGCCUUUCUGGACUCCAUGUCAAUUCCGCUCGAAGUUCAAAGUGAUAAACCCAAAUAGACUAAAACAAUGGUUUUCAGCUCUUACAUAUUUUGAAUCUAUCAGCCCUUGCAUCUCCCAUAACAAUCUCAUCAUGAGUGACCCAACGUCUCAAUACAACUUUUAUUACCAAAUACCAGUCACCGAUGACAAUCGAAACCAAGGCACACAGGUUCGACCACCGACAGUGCCCAGCCAACAGGAAGGGUCAUUGCAUGGUCCUCAACCUUCAUAUAUACCCAUCCGACCAACUCCCAUCCUAGGCUAUCCUCCGCUACCUAGCCCUAGCCAGGCUUUCGUCAACCCUGGAGAGAUCUUCCUUUCUGCACAUGCCGGUGUCAAUCAGACAGUUACCCCUUCAACUGAGUCCGUUUUCUCAGACGAGCGGCCUGCUCAGCUGCUGGACAGCAACAUCGACGAAUCUACCACUUUUGGUGGCCAUAGCAGAUUUGGUCAACCAGGUACACAAUCCAGCUUAUCUAUUGAUCCUUUCCUUCUUGAACGGCGGGACUCGCAAGGGCCGCUUCUCCAUCCCAGCGAACCAUGGUCAUUUCGCGCGGAUACCGUGCACGCUGGCCCAUCGACGGGUUUCCAGGGCCUUGCACUUCCUCCCAAGAGCGGCAUAGACACGGAUGUUCUGGAAGAUGUGAUCGAGGUAGGUGAGGCCGACGAGGUGGUGGAGGAGGAGGAAAAGGAGGGAGAAGGAGGAGGUAACGAAAGCGAGUCAAGCGAGUAUAUAGAUCCGAGUUCCAAGGCAAAGGGUAAAGGAAAGGCAAGGCAGGAGGCUCCAAAGGAAACUGCCGUGAAAAGGAAGAGGGGACGCCCCAGAAAGAAUGUAGAGCAACCAUCCGCACGAGCGGAAGAAGAAAACCGGGCAGGUCAGAAGAAGAAGGGAAAGGGUAAGGGAACUUCUGGAAAAGGAGGCUGGAACAGGAGACCCAAGGCUUGUACAGCGUGCAACAACCGCCACAUACGGUGUAUAGGUGGACCACCUUGCAACUACUGCGUCAGCAGGAAUAAAACCUGUAUAUUGGACACAGACUCACUGGAAAAGAAACGAACGCCACCGUUGACCACUAGUCAUCCAUUUGAAGGGCCUUCCGCCUCGUCUUCGUCCAAUGUCCCUCUAACACGUCAUCAACAGUCGCAAGCGGAAGAGAUACCUCCGAAGAAAAAAAAGAAAUCGUCCUCUUAACAACGAAGACCCGUCCUCCCCCAAGUACAAAUAUCCUCAACAGUGGUGACAAGACAAAGACCAUUUGCGAUUAUGCGAGACUUGCUGCCUAUUGCGUUAGAAGUCAAUAACGAUCCAUCAGUAGUUUACACCAGUCAUGACCAUCAGUUGUUGUAUAUGAGAUACACGACCUGUCUACCUACCGUGCAAUUCACUCAAC